CUGAAGAAUGUGACGGCUGAAAACACUUUUAAAAUGCUGAAGAUUCAACAGUGUGUAGUAGCCAACAAACUACCUAGAAACAGGCCAUAUGUUUGCAAUAUUUGCUUCAAGCACUUUGAAACACCAUCAAAAUUAGCAAGGCAUUAUCUUAUUCAUACUGGUCAAAAGCCAUUUGAAUGUGAAGUGUGUCAUAAAACUUUUAGGCAGCUAGUUCAUUUGGAAAGACAUCAAUUAACUCAUAAUCUGCCUUUUAAAUGUAGCAUCUGUCAACGCCACUUUAAAAAUCUGAAAACAUUUGUGAAGCACCAGCAGCUUCACAAUGAAACCUACCAGAGUGAUGUUAAACAGGUCAGAAGGUUGGAGGCCAAGCAGGAGAAGCCAGUUUAUGGAGUGUAUCGGACUUUUGCCCCAGAGGAGAGAUGGACGUUACAUCCGUGCUCUAAACCUGAUGCCACGUACAACCCUACAAAGAGAAGAAAGACCAUUCACGCGUGCACAAUCUGUGGCAAGAUGUUCCCGUCACAAUCAAAACUCGAUAGGCAUACACUUAUUCAUACUGGUCAGAGACCUUUUAAAUGUGUCCUGUGCAGUAAAUCUUUCCGACAGUCAACUCAUUUAAAAAUUCACCAACUCACACAUUCGGAAGAAAGGCCUUUUCAAUGUUGUUUUUGUCAAAAAGGAUUUAAGAUUCAAAGCAAACUUCUGAAGCAUAAACAAAUCCAUACCAGGAAUAAGACUUUUCAGACUCUUUCAUUAAAGGUAAAGAGUCCAGAAUCAUGCCCACUGCCCAGUAAAUUAAAUGCAAAGCAGGAUGGUUUUGAAAAUGGUGAUAUGGGGGAAUCUGAGGAGAAUAGUCCACUCGAUGUCCACUCUAUUUAUAUAGUUCCUUUUCAGUGUCCAGAGUGUGAAGAAUGUUUUGAAUCAGAGCAGAUCCUCAAUGAACACAAGUGUUUUCCUGCCAGAGGUGGCAAAAUUCCAAGCAGGCUCAAAAGAAGCUACAACUAUAAAACCACUGUUAAAAAAAUCCUGGCCAAGCUUAAACGUGCGGGGGGUAAGAAAUUAGAUAACUUUCGAUCUGAGAAAAAAGUAUUUAAAACCAGUUUCUUGAAAAAUUGUGAUCUUACUUCUGGUGAGCAGAGCUCUGAACAAACUCAGAAAACAUUUAUGGGUUCUCUUGGCAAAUAUGGAACAUACAAGACAGUUGGCAAUCAAAAGAAAAAAACAUUGACUUUGCCAUUUUCUUGGCAAAAGCAAUUCCAGACCCAAAAUGUAGGGAAAAAUUUGAAAGGUGUCCUUACAACAGAAAGCAUGUUAACUAUGGAUAGUUCAGUAAAUAAUAAAGACAUGUCUGUCUAUGGUUCAUCAGGUGAGGAAUUCUUUGAUAACUGUGAAGUGCUUCAGUGUGGUUUUUCAGUUCCAAGUGAAAACAUACAUACUGGACAUAAAACGUGUCCCUGUGACAAAUGCGAGAAAGUAUUUCCUUCUAUAUCCAAACUACAAAGACACUAUUUAAUUCACACCGGACAGAGGCCUUUUGGCUGUAAUGUUUGUGGGAAAUCUUUUAGACAGUCAGCUCAUUUAAAAAGACAUAAACUCACUCAUAUUGAAAAGAUUCCUUAUAGACGAUCUCUUUGUCAAGUAGAAUUUGAAAAUUUGAACAAACUCUUCAAUCGUCCGGGCGAUAAUGUUAACUGUAACGCUUUCCAACAAUAUCAGGCUCUUGGUUUCCACAAGUGUGAGGUCUCAGAGUCAGAUCAAAUGUCGGAAAUAAAAGUGAAGGCAGAAUCAGAGGAUUUCCUUCUUGGUGCCCACUGUGGGAACCGACAGCCCUGUCUCUCAGGCACACGUCCGGAAUCAGAGCAGAGGUGCUGUCGUCGUGGCCCCUCUUCAGGCCGUCCUGAGAGGAAUGAAGGCCUUCUUUACCGAUGCAGCGUUUGUUCGAAAAGUUUCAGGUCUCCGUCAAAACUGGAAAGACACUAUCUAAUUCACGCGGGGCAGAAGCCAUUUGAAUGCUCAGUAUGUGGCAAAACAUUCAGACAGGCUCCUCACUGGAAGAGACAUCAACUCACUCACUGGAAAGAACGACCACAAGAGGAAAUGGUUGUCCUGAAUUCCGUCAUGUAACUGACACAGUCACUAACACGUCUGUGGUCUGUGGGGAUCUUGUUCUUGAAACCUGUAUCAUUUAAGGUGGAUUCUUAUCAAAACGCCUGCAUUAGAUUGAAUGAUUUCAUAGGCAGUUGCUUGUCCUGCAUGAUAAGAAGAUAAUAUACAGAAAAUUAGUACAAUUUUCUAGGGUUAGCCAAAUUAAUUUUUAGAGGGAAAACAUGGUUUAAUGCUGUAAAGUAAGCGUUUAUUUUAUUUGAAUAUUUUAAGCAUAUACUUGGGCUAUAUGGAAGUGUUAUAAAUCCAUGAUGCUGUAUAAAUGAUUCAGCCUCAUGCAUUUUUUAAAAAUUAUAAGGCAUGCCAUCUCCUUUAAGAUAGACUGAAAAGAUUAAGAGGCAAAAAUGGGCUCUUAGCUGCAGUAAAUAACCCAACUGUAUUUCAUUUGUUUUACGCUUCACAUGAAAGCAUAAUUUUGUCCACCUGUGGCUCAAAUUCCAGUGCAGAUUUUUUUUCUUGAGUUAAAUAGAGAUAAUAAAAGUGAAAACGGAUGAGAAAGUUAUGCACUGUUUUCAUUAGUGUCUUCAAAGCCGUUUAUGGUUAGGACUUUGUGGUAGUUUCACCUCCUUUUCCCCAGGUAAUGAGAAUCGUUUGGGUCCCCUCCCCCCCCGCCCAAGCUGCUGUUUUUCCAAAAAGAAUUAAAAGGAGGAUAGAAGCCAGGAUGUACCUAUCUGUGUUUACCAUAUUCACUUGCUGGAACAUUUUCCAAGUGCCAUAAUCUUGAUAAGAUGUGUGCAGUUUUAUCUUCACAGAGGAGUAAAUCAUGUAUUUACUUGCUAAUUGUUGACAACCGUUUAGUUACAGACAUAAGACUCACCUAGAGACCUGCAUCCCCUUAAGACUUUUUUACAUUUACUUUAGUAAAACAUUUAAUGCCUCUUUAAUUGAGUGGUCCUAUGACUUACCUAAGCCUAUAAUGUUAAGUUGGAUCAAAUAGCAAUGGUCUAGUUUUUAGUUUCUAUUCCUGUAAUGCAAAAAAAAAGUUGUUUUGAUCCUUAUUAAAAUUUUUUUAGUUAAUAAGGUAAUUAUUCCUGUGUAGAAAUAAGAUGGUCAUAUUAUUGAGGCUGUGGUUCUUCUGAACAGAACUGUCAUGAUAUGGGAAGUAAGUCAUUUAAUCCUAAACUAUAAAGGAUUUAUCUCACAAUCACAAACUGUCCUUCACAUUUGCCAUUGUAUAUAAAAUCUUUAACAACAAUUUCUGGAAAUAAAUUAACAGUUAUAUUCCUACAAAAGGAAGAAUAGAUAAGUAUUUAUCCUGGCACACUUAAAUACAGUGAAAAACCUAUUGGGAAUGUGGAUAAAUGAAUAAAAUUUGGGGGUGGGUGGGGAAAUGUGUUUAUUUCUUAAUGCAAGUGAAUUCUAAGUACCUUGGGUUUCACUUACAGAGAUGAAAGAUGACGAUAAAGGUAAAAUGUCCAAUGGUGUGCAGAUGUGCCUUUUUUUUUUUUAAGUAUUCACAUAGAGACAUCUAGCUAAAGCAGAAGAUAAUUGGUAAUUAAUUAUAUGCUUUACAGAAGAAUUUCUCGUAGGUUUUCUAGAAAUACUGUCCUCCAGUGCAACAGGGUGAUAGUUUACAGGAUUUGCUUUAUGCAGAAAUUUCCAAAACACAUCUGUUAUAUAAAAGCAAGAAGUGACUAGUUCAUUUUCCCAAGGAUGCUCACAUAAAUAUUCAAGGGGUUUUUAUUUUUAAUAUGUCUGAAAUGAUGUAUUUGGGCAUUUUCCUAAGCUAUUUAUGUAAUUUUAUUUGAAGGAAAUGUCUUAUAUACUCCUUUUCCAAGUGACACAGGGAGAAUUCUAACAGUGUUGUGCUUGUAUGAUUCUGAGAUUUUAUUUGCCUAAGUGAUAUUACUAUACUUUUUUUUGUCUAAGCCUUUUUAAGCUGUUUCAUAUUGAAAGUUGGAAUAUUGUAAAAAUUUUGUCAAAGAUGUACUGUAGUGCUAUUUGAGUACCUAUAACAAAAUACUUAUUUACCUUUAUUAUCGCAAGCUUCUUGUGGAAACUUUAUAGGAAUGAAAAUAAACUGUAUACGUUCAUAUUAAGAAGAUUAAACAUUAGGUGUUAAGUAACGGUUUGCUGCAUGUUAGCACUGUUAGUAUUGCUGAAUCAGUUCCCUGGGUAUUCUUAAAGCAUAAACUUUAUCAACAUCUUUAAAGAGAACUAGGAAAAUGUUGUAUUUGGGUGUCUCCAGGCCAUAGCAGGAUUGUUUACUACUAUGAUUGGCUGAGUUAGGGGAAUUACCGUUUCUUGUUUUGUGCUGCAAUAGGGCCUACCAUUUUAGCGUGAAAAUGUGUCUGUGUUAAAGGGUAUUAUAGAUGGUGGUUAAAUCCUUGAAAAAUUCAAAUUUCAGAAUAUUUUUAAAAUAAAGUUUCAAGUUACACAGUU